AUGACUACCACGAUAGGUUCCCCACAUAUGCUGGCUAAUGAGGAUAGACUUUCUAACGAGAUGCCCGCGCUGAAGGACCAUUCUGAGCAGAAUGGACAAGAGCAACAGGGUCCUGUUAAGAACACUCAACUGCAUAGUCCCUCAGCAACCGUCCCGGAGACCACAACUGCUCAGAAGGAGUCUCUGGAAAUGGUACCGACCAGUACAAGUGCUGCAGCGGGAGCCGUAACGAGCACACCACCGCCCUCGUUACCACACGUUGAGAUUAAUCAGGUCAGUUUAGCAUUGGUAGUAAGGAACUUGACGGUAUUUACCAUGAAGGAGAUUGCUCAAUACAUGAAGACUAACGUGCACACUCAGAUGAAUGAGCCCAAUUCAGCAAAGAAAAUACGUUUUUUGCAACUGAUUAUAUUCUUAAGGACACAAUUUUUAAAACUUUAUGUGCUUGUAAAAUGGGCCCGUACUAUAAAACAGAACAAUUUCCAUGUAUUGAUCGAUCUUUUGAACUGGUUUAGAAUGACCAAUAUGAAUGUCAACAAUUGUAUCUGGGCUUUGAAGAGUAGCCUUGAUUCCAUGACCAAUGCUAAAUUGCCAAAUGUGGAUUUGGUCACUGCUUUGGAGGUUUUGAGUCUUGGCAGACCUAAUUUACCUACGCACAACUUCAAAUUGAGUGGUGGCGGUGACUCCACGGAUGCAGUAGAUGGAAUGGCUAAAGUGCCCCUGAGUUUGAUUUUACAAAGAUUGCAGGAUCUGAACUUAACUGUUUCGAUCAAAAUUGCAUUAAUGAACGUUCCUAAACCGUUGCAUAACUAUCGUAUUAAGAACGGCAGAAUAUACUUUGCUGUAACCAAUGAAUUUGAGAUUCAGUUAUCCACUGUAAAUAGACAGUCGCCCUUGUUUUUCGUGGAUUUGAAACUCCUAUUUAGCACAGAAGCUGAGCAGAGCGUUUCAACCGUAACAGAAUCCAAUUCACCCAACGGUAGCAGCGGUAACAACGAUGAUGGCUCCAACCCUAACGGUAAUAGCCUACCUUUAAAUAAGCCAAGACUGGAGAAGUUAAUUAAUGAGAUUCUUUUGAAAAGUAAUGAUCCCUUAUCAUCUCUUUACAAUUUCUUACACAAAUAUGUGUUGACACUACAACUAUACAUGGUUCAUAGAGAAUUUUUAAAGCUAGCCAGUGGUGGGAAAUUUUCCAAAAGUAACCUGAUCCAUAACUAUGACUCCAAAAAAAGUGUAAUUACGGUUAGAUAUUGGUUAAAUGGUAAGAUGGACAGUAAAGGUAAGAUAACCAUUGGUAUUCAAAGAACCACAGAGAGUCUUGUUUUGAAAUGGGAUAAUCAAAGUGCAUCAAGGGCCAAAAAUAUGCCUGUAAUUUAUAAUAACAUUGUAUCAAAUAUCGAAGGUAUCCUGGACGAGAUCAUGUUCAACCAUUCAAGAAUUAUCAGAUCGGAGCUGUUAGCAAGGGAUAUAUUUCAAGAAGACGAGGAAAAUCCGGAUGUUUUAUUAUUCCAACUUCCUACAACAUGCGUUGCUAUGGCACCUAUCCAAUUAAAGAUCGACUUAUUAAGUGGGCAGUUUUAUUUCAGAAAUCCGACUCCACUUUUAUCGAAUUACGCCUCAAAAAUCAAUAGAGCAGAGAGUCCAGAGGAAUUGGCAAGAAUUUUACAACAGUUGAAAUUAGACAAGAUAAUUCACGUUUUGACUACCAUGUUUGAAAACACAGGAUGGUCGUGUAGUAAGAUCAUCAAAAUUAAUAAGCCAAUCAGGACUCAGUUGAAUAUCAACAACAACAAUACUUCGAAGACGGAAAGUAGCACCGUUGUUGAUAAUAACUCCAACAGUGGCGAUUUUUCCCUGUUGUUACAAAGGGAUCUGUUCAUUAGGUUACCACACUGGCCCCUCAACUGGUAUCUAAUAUUGUCGAUAAUAUCCUCUAAAACAUCUUGUGUGGUGGAAAAAAGAAUUGGUAAGAUUGUCUCACAACGUGGAAAAUGGAAUUUAAAAUAUCUGGACAAUUCUAACGUAAUGACAGUUAAGUUGGAGUCAAUAACGUAUCAAAAAAUCAUGAUAUUGCAGAAAACUAUUUUGAACAGAAUUAUUAACCAUAUGCUAAUUGAUUCCUUGAAUCAGUUAAAAAUCCAUAAUAAGAUUUGUUCAUCUGAAAUGAUUAACGAACAAAAACUACCUCAAUAUAUCGUUCAGGGAGGUAGUACUAACGAUAACAUCUCUAUCAUAACACUAGAGUUAGAAUCCUUUUUGGAAGGUUCUAAGGCGCUAAAUUCCAUACUGGAGAGUUCCAUGUUCUUGAGGAUAGAUUAUUCAAACUCCCAAAUACGAUUGUAUGCCAAGUUUAAGAGAAACACGAUGAUGAUCCAAUGCCAAAUUGAUAAACUAUACAUCCACUUUGUGAAAGAAGAACCACUUGCCUUCUACUUGGAGGAGAAUUUCACAAGCUUAGGUAUAAUAAUUCAGUAUUUGACCAAAUUUAGACAAAAAUUGAUGCAAUUGGUUAUAUUGACAGAUGUUGUGGAAAGAUUACACAAGAAUUUUGAGUCCGAAAACUUCAAAAUAAUCGCAUUACAACCCAACGAGAUUUCCUUCAAGUAUCUCUCUAACAACGACGAGGAUGAUAAAGAUUGCACAAUAAAGAUACUAACAAAUGACGAUUCUAUUAAAAAUUUAACAGUGCAAUUAUCACCUUCGAACCCCCAACAUAUAAUACAGCCUUUCUUAGAUAAUUCGAAAAUGGAUUAUCAUUUUAUCUUUAGCUACCUACAAUUCACGUCAUCUUUGUUUAAAGCUCUAAAAGUAAUCCUCGUUGAAAGAGGGGAAAAAUUCCGUACUGGUGGAAGCCAGUACUCGACCAUGGUGAACAUCGGAUUGCAUAAUCUAAACGAGUAUCAAAUAGUAUAUUAUAACCCUCAGGCAGGUACUAAGAUCACAAUAUGCAUAGAAUUGAAAACCGUUUUGCAUAAUGGUCGUGACAAGAUCCAGUUCCACAUUCAUUUUGCAGACGUGGCACACAUUACCACGAAGUCCCCCGCCUACCCAAUGAUGCAUCAAGUAAGAAAUCAAGUUUUUAUGCUUGAUACAAAGAGACUAGGGACUGCAGAAACUGUUAAGCCAACCCUUGCAUCGCACGCCAUCCGUUUGGGCAAUGGUGUUGCUUGUGACCCCAGCGAGAUAGAGCCUAUCCUGAUGGAAAUCCACAACAUCCUCAAAGUCGAUUCUAACUCCAGUUUAUCCUAG